CUUAUGUAACCGGUCCCAGGGCAGCCCGCCUCUGCCAGGCCCCGCUGCUGAGGGACUGCCUGAACAGAGCGCCUGCCGCUCUCUGUGAGAUCACGCUGUGGAGGAAAAGGAAAAGCCGGUGGAAAGAACGCUUAGUGCCGUGAGGCCGCCCCUGUGCCAGCCGCCGGCCCGGGCAGAGGCGAUGGAUUUAAAGCGCCGGCAAAGCGCGUGUGGCGGCGGCCAGGGGAAGGCAUUAACGGGACGGGAUUAAGCAGCAAUGGCAUUUGUGAAGAGCGGAUGGCUGCUCCGGCAAAGUACUAUUUUACGGCGUUGGAAGAAGAACUGGUUUGAUCUGUGGUCUGAUGGCCGCUUGAUAUUCUAUGAUGAUCAAAGUCGCCGUGAUCUGGAAGAUAAAAUCCACAUGAGAAUCCACUGCAUCAACCUCAGAGUGGGGAAUGAAUGUCGAGAUUUCCAGCCUCCAGAGGGGAAGCACAGAGACUGCUUACUGCAGAUUGUUUGCCGUGAUGGGAAGACAGUCAACCUCUGUGCAGAGAGUGCAGAUGACUGCCUGGCAUGGAAAAUUGCUCUCCAGGAUGCCAGAACAAACACAGGCUACGUGGGAUCUGAUGUGAUGUACGAUGAGACAGCCAUUUCCUCAGCCCCUCCUCCCUACACAGCUUAUGCCACACCAUCACCUGAGGUUUAUGGCUAUGGCUAUGAUCACUACAAUGGUGUGUACCCCCCGGGCCCUCAGAUCUUCUAUGCCUCCAAUGGACAAGCUUAUGCUGUGCCCUAUCAGUAUCCAUACCAAGGGCCUUAUGGGCAGCCCCCUGCAAACCACGUCAUCAUCCGAGAGCGUUACCGUGACAGUGAUGGAGACCUGGCCCUGGGCAUGCUGGCUGGAGCAGCAACUGGAAUGGCUCUGGGAUCACUCUUCUGGGUCUUCUAGAUUACCCUUUCCUUAUCUCUGUAGUUCCAAACCCCUUUAUUGUGUGCAAUAAUAUAUUGGCAAUGUUGUUUACUGUUAAACUUUGAAAAAUGCAAUAGUUAUUUUUCAGUAGUGACAUCUUAAUAACUGAUUCUUAACUGUCUUAAUGAGAGUUUAAAGGCACCAUUUAGUUAAGUGGUUGGAAAUGGCAUGUGCUGCUCUUGAAUUCUGGUCUGAUGUUCAGAAUUUUAAGGAUCAAUAUGAGCACCAGUGUCACGUGGUAGCAGUCACCUGCUUUAUGAACAGACUGUUAUUGUAAACAGCAUAGGAAAAAAGAUUGUUUUUUUGGGGAAGGGUCUAAGAUCUAAUUCAAAUAAGAGGUUAAUGGGAGUCCUGCAUUAGUGUACGUAUACUACUGGCUUUUAAACAUUCCCUGGAAAAACAUAGAGCUCAGCAGAGAUUCCUUGGCAUUAGACAGUCUGCCAUGCUUGAGGGGUUUUUUGUUUAUUUUCAGACUUGCCUGCAGAUGGUAGUGUGCUUUCUUAGGUGCAGCCCUGUACCUGCCUCUCACACCAUCCAGGUGAAGUUGUCUCUGAGAAUGUAUGAGCAAACCACUAGGAAGCAGCAGCACUCCUCAAUUCUUUUAUUCUCCCAGAAAUGUGAAUGACCAGUGGCAAGGAAGAGCAGUGUUUGUUGUUCUAGCUCCCUCUCUUUAUGCUGGAUGACUCUUGUGUGGCCAGAUGGAAGAUCUUUAGCUUUGCAGGUGUCUGCAGAGCAGCAGCCUCAGACACUGCAGCAGCUGCAUUGGUAGGAGCCAGCCAUUGUCUCUGCUCCUCACUGCCCUGGCUCUGCAGAGGCUGCAGGAGGAGAAGGAAUUGAGCAGCCCUUGCUCUGUUGGGCCUGCCAGCCCCUCUGCAGCAGGAACAGGAGGAGAGACAAGCAACUGCAGCAGACCUUGCACACAGGCACUGUGAUAUCAGCUGCCUUGCCAGGGCUGGGAUAAGAUGGUUUGCUGAACCAGGUUUCUUAUUUGCAACUAAUUUUGAGCACAGCUGAGCCUGAGUUUGUUGUAUGUACAAUUCCCCCUCACAUUCAGCAGGUCUCCUCUUCCCUCCAUGACUUGUUGAGAAAAACACUCCAAGGAACCUGUCUGGCUUUGCUUGUAUGUGUGGUUUCUCUAGAGUGUGCUGUCCCCUGGAGUGCAGCUGUUUUGUGUGUUACAUGGCCUGUUCUAAUCCAUGCUGAGCUGUGCUUGGCAGAGAAAGAAAGCCCUGAAGAAAUGCAUGGGCUUUCUUGUUCAGGUAAAUGAGGCAGAGUGCCUGAGUUGAGUUCUUAUAGUAAGAGGACUUAUUUUUAUACUUCCACUCUUAGAUUCCUGUAUUUGCAUACUGUUUUAAUGUUAAGUCUUACUUAUGCUUCCAUUUAGAAGAAGGUUAAUUUCCUUAUGGUUCACAGGGUUUCAUGUCAGGAAAGAUGAAAAUAGAUGAGAACUUGCACCUCUAUAAAUUUAGCUGAAGUCCCAAUCUUCUCCAUUCCAUCCUAAAAUUCUCUUGGCUCUUCCCUACUUAUUUAAGCAAUAGAGGUCCUGGACAAGUUUGGGUGGCAGCCAGGGGAAGCACUAGGCUUUCAUGAGCCUUAGGACUAACUCAAGCAAAUGGAAUCACUGGAGUUAACAGACAGAUGUCAUUGUGGCUGCUUUACCAAGAGUGGCCUAAUCCAGGGAAGGUAAACUGCCUUCAGGAGGCUGGCUCUGAGCUGUGCACCAGUGUGCAACAUGUCCUUUCACAGGUUAACACAAGCUGCACGUGUUCAGCCAGUCAGGUGGACUGAAAGGACAUUCUGGAAGUGCAAAAGGGGACUAAAGUGAGAGUUUCCUAUUGCUAAUCCAAACCAAAAGAAAUUGCAGUACACUACUGAAGCUCUCUUAGAGACCUUGAGGUCAGAAAGGGAUGGAAUGUAAGUGGACAAACAUGUCUGCCCUUUUAAAAAGCCCUUUAAGAGGUGAGUUUGAUUACAGGUCUGUGCUGCUGUUUGGUUUGUGCUUUGUAAUAGUGCGUUCUGCAGAAUGACUCCAUCUCCUCCUCUUUCUCUGUGAUUCUUAACUUGUAAGGAGUAGGGGAGAAUAAAACCACUGGGCAUCAUAUGAUUUUCUGAAUUUCCUAAUGACUGGGAAAGGAUAACAAAAAGUGAAUCAGCUGGGUUUUUUGUUUUGGUUUGGGCUUUUUUUUCAGAAGGACUGUUAGUCACAGCAGGGGAACAUGUCUUUUGUGUUUUCAGGAGAUAACUCUGUCUAGGUCCCUAGUUUCUUCAAGUGAAGUAUAUAAAAUAAAAAUUGUUGAUUGCAAAACA